UUUAACUCAAAACGAUUCGCGUCAUUCACACAAUCACAUUACUCAACAAUCGGCAUAAAAAGAUAUCUUAACAGUUUAAACGCGCGCAUUUAGAUAUUUUUCUCGACACACACACUUUCUUAUCAGCAAUACUUUCACGAAAUAUUUUAUUUAUUCUUCCUUCUCUUAUAAUUAUAUUUAACUUUCCAUCAUACCGUUGUUUAGUUUUUAAAUAUUUUAAAAUUGCGUGACUUUUUUUUUAUUUAUUGUUGGCGUGCGUGGCCACUUCUCAAAGGUCAGACAGGAUCGAUUGGAAUGUUUUAAUACCAAGGAAAGUCGUCGUCGUGUUGUAAAUUCCAUAAGCUUUAUUAGCCUUUAAUCGAUUGUAUAUAUACAUAUAUAUAUAUAUAUAUAUGUACUUUAAUUUUACAAGUUGUUUUUACUUUGAGCUCCAGUGAAAGUAAAAUGAGCUAGUGUUGCGUGAAAGCCAAACAUCAUCGACCCAUAAAGUCCUUUUAGAAAUAUUCAAACGGUUACCUGGGUAGGGAGGCGAGGAAGUUUGAUCGAUGCUGAGGUAGUAUUUGAGACUAGAGUAACCGGUUUAUUCGAGGGCCAAGUAUCGUAAGAGCCGUAGUAGAGUGACGAUGUUACGCGGAAUUAAAAACUGAUAUAAACAUAAAGGAAAAUGUCGGAAGUUGGUUCAGCAGAGCGGCCUUUGAGCUGGUUACCAGACGAAAAUAUCUACAACGACGAGAACGUUGAGAGAAUUGAACUGCCCUACGAGAGUCAACGUGAACUUGGGUGUAAGGUUGGCGAAGACGUAUUUCUGGAAUAUCCAUGGGCGUAUGUGACGCGGGAGGAAGUGAUGAGGCAAGCAUGCCAAAGCGGUUCGAGUUUUGAGUGCUGCAAAGACAAAAUAGGAGAUUAUAAGUCGGAAUGGAUUUUGGUUGGCUACGCCUCCAGCGAGCUGACCUCGACUAGCUUUGUCAUUUGUUUGACUGAAGAAAUACGAGACUCGAUUGUCAAGAGAAACCGACAAGUAACGAGGAAAAUUCUGGAGAAAGUUUUUUUUAUGAUUACUAAAACCAGUAAAAGUUUUGAGGCCUUUCGGGCUGAAGAAGAAUCGGGGAAAGACACCGACAGUUCAAGGCCCUUUUUUGAGGUCGAGCUAUACUUUAAUUCGAAUAUCCGGAGACGACGGCAUAAUUUAGCUGAUAGAAAUAGCGGAGAUGUAAGAGAUGGCGCUAUUGAUCUACUGCCAGAAGACUCGAGAAAAUACAAUAAUAUAUUUAUGAAACAAAUUUCGAAAGCUGUAAACACCAAUCUCAAGGCCUGUGACAAAAGCGUUCAGUCUUACUUGGGUUAUCCGAAAAACAAGUGGACUCAGUGUGACGACAUUACAGACGUAGUAGAACCUGUCGGUGAGGAUAAUAAAGAUGAAACUGCACGGAGUAAAACUGAGAAGCAAACAACGACUGAGGAAAGUAGCCCAGCUGGACUCCCGGAGGUGAUAACUGAACAGGAGAGAGAGAUAAACCGGGAAAUUUCAGAGUCGUUGAUGCAGGAGCCGUUACUAGAAAUUACAUUCCCAGAACAUCUGCAAGACGCGAUUGAUUGUGUUGGCUACAAUUCCAAGAUCAAUAUUAUUUCCGACGACAUAGAAAAUCUGACAACGAGAAUCGCUGAAAACGACAGUUUUAAUGAUGCUGAAAACUACUUGGAUAAAGAGUCUUGUUCUUUGAUUAAUCUCGACAUUACCAAGGGCAAAGUCAUUUCAGAUGUUUCUUGGCACCCGAAUCUUCUUGGAUUAGUUGCCAUUUCGUAUGUAACUAAUCCCCGGUGUGACUUUGCGGAAAUUUCGGAUCAACCUGCCGAGCUUAAUAAAUCAAAUGACAGUGGCUACGGUGGAAGUAUAAGCACUAGUGCUGGUUCAAGUACUUGUGCACUUGUCUGGUCGCUCGAUGAACCACUUAAACCCAAAUUAAUUCUUGAUGAUCCUCGUGAGAUUAACGUUAUUUCUUUUUGUCCCUCUCGGCACAGCACCGUCGUCGGAGGGGCCGAAAAUGGCCAAUUGAUUUUCUGGGAUCUUUAUAAUUCAUUAGAGAAACCCAAAGAUGCGGAUUCUGAUUAUGAGAUUCCGGUAAUUGUUUCUUCCGCCUCCUCGGACCCAUCCAAGUCUCAUUUGCAGGCAGUACGUGCCAUUCGAUGGCUUCCAACCGACUGUAAAAUAACGGAUAAUGGGAUGCUCGAAAAAGUACCGGGAAACAAUUGCUUGCAGUUGAUGACGAGCUCUGAAGAUGGCACAGUUGCUAUUUGGGAUCUCCUUUGGCAGCCGAGCUUGCCGCAGACUGCCAAAAACCUGAAAAGUAUUGUUAAGGCCGCAAUGUCACUGACCGAUGAUCUUGAACGACUUGACGGAAUCUUUUAUCCGCACUACCGGCUCCAUGUUCAGCUACCGAAGGAAUCCUUCAACUUGACCGUACUCGAUUUCAGUGUUCCACCACCAGAGGCCUACCAGUCGGAAGAAACGUCAAGGAAAUUGUGGUUCGGUACUGCUCAAGGUGAAGUGCUUCACUGCACCUGGCACGGUCAAGAAUUUGAGGUCACCGGUGAAGAGAAUUGUGACCUCUUGAGCAGCGUUUGUAUUCACGAUGGGCCAGUCAUCAGGAUCAUACGUUCUAAGCAUUUAGAAGAGGUUUUGCUGAGCAUUGGAGGCCGUAUUUUUGCCAUUUGGCAUGACAAUUACAUAAAACAUCCCGUGUUGUGGAGAAAAGGUGACUGUCGUUACACUGCAUGCUGCUGGAGUCACACACCUGGAGUUUUCAUUGUAGCGAGGCAUGACGGUGACCUUGAAACUUGGGAUAUAUACCGGAAGACUAAGCAACCGGUUCACAUAGAGACUAUUUCUGGAAAGUUAAUAACGGGACUCUUUGAGACGCAAGAUCUACUGCUGCAUCAACAUCAACAUCAACAUCAGAACCAGCAGCAAAAAGAAAAAACAAAUUCAAAGUUUAUUGGUAUUUGUGACUACAACGGGACAUUUCGACUCAUGGGUGAGCCAGUAGAAAACGAGUCAAAUUAUCAGGAACGAAUUGAGUGGUUUCGAAAAUUCGUCUAUCGAGAAGUAGAGCGUAAGAAAGAGUUUCACGGUUGGCAGGAGGAUUAUUUGGCUAAUGACAAAAAAGCACUUGACAGAAAAACUGCCCGAGCUGCUCAAGAGGCCAAGCGACGUCACGAGGAGGCGCGGGAUAAAUUUUUAAAGGAACAGGAAGAACUGGCGAGAAUAAAAGCCGAGAGGAAGGCAAAAAAAAUUCAAAAAUCCAAAGAGACGAUUCUCCGAACGGGAAAUCUCGAAGUAAUGAAAAAUACGCUGUUAAAAAAAAAGGGAUUUGACCCUCGAGAGCUUGAUAAAGUUAGACAUCCACUUGUUCAGCAAGAGGAACAAAAAAACACGAGAAUGAAUAAAGCGCGAGAGAAAGUCGCUGAUAAAGACACUUACUUUAAACACGCGUUGGCUGUUGAGUUUCCGGAGAGUAUAAAGCGUUCGUCAAGUGGGCUCGAGGCUCAAACAGCCACGCCCGUGUCGACAAACAAAGUGAUUGAUGAGCUCAUAAAUGAGCAUCUAAGUAAUUAUUUAGAAAUUAGUUCCACGGCAGAAAAACGUCUCGAGAAGAGUCCUCGUGUCCCGAAGUUCGACUGGAACUCAAUGAUGCUCGCGGGCCUGCUUAGAAAAAAUUAAAAUAAUUAAAUUAAUUACCGAGACAAUGAGUUGUCUAAUUUACAUUUAAACUCCAAUGCGCAAUACCAGCAGGAAAUAAAUGUACAAAGCCUGCAGAGCCCACGCUUAAUUAAUAUUCAUUCCCGAAAUUUCUUCAACUUGCCUCCCACUUGCCCGCCCACAAACAAAUUCCCUCUAUUUCCUACUCUAUUUUAUAGUUGCGUAAUAGAUAUUAAUAUACAUGUUUGUUAGGCCUUAUGCAUUAACGAGUAAUAUGAUAUAUGUUGCAAAUACUGACGAUAUACAUUGUAAUAUA